AUGUCGUCCGCCAGAAUUGUUUCAGUGAUAUUAUGCCGUCCAGCGGUUUCCGGCGACGUUGUUCCAAUUGCUAUGGGACAUUCUGAAUUCUAUGAUUCCGAAGGGACGAGCGGAAAUAAGCCAAUGCCCAGCGAUACGGAAAUUACGAGGCUGGUCAAAACUCGCGUGCGAACAUAUUUCAAUAAUGAUGGAAAAAUCGAGCUCGACGGAUAUAUAAUGCACUAUCUUGUUGUUGUCGAAUCAUUCUGCACAAUGAUUUACACGUGUGUCGCUGAACCCGGAUUAUCGUAUGACAAAGCAAAACAAUUCUUGGAAACUAAAAUAAGGAGCAUCAUGGCUUCUUCACAACUUCAAAUGGUUAUCGACCAGGCGAACGCUUAUGAGCUUCUCGGACAUAUUCAACCAAUCAUUUUGAAACACAUUAAAGAACACAACCAGUCAGUGCCAAGUCCGCAAGAAUUGCGGAUUAAUUCUCUUCGAGCACAGGUUGAUGAUGUUCGAAAUGUGAUGGCUGACAAUGUCGAGCGAAUAAUGGAACGUGGAGAGAGGCUUGAGAAUAUCGCACAGAGAACGGAGCAACUUCAAUCAUCGGCAACCUCGUUCAAGUCCACAGCUCGCCGAGUUCAACGCCGCUUUUGCCAGAAGAAUGCCAAAUACACAGUAUGUGUGAUUUUAACAUUGAUUAUUGUAAUUGCCAUAAUUGUACUCACAAUCCUUCAUAGGAAUGGGGUUCUAUAA